AUGGAUUUGGGAGCUCAGUACAAACCUGGAAAGAUCAGUAUCCCUGAGAAGUUCAUCUAUUCAGGAAAAAAGACUGUUGAGAAUAUUGAUUACCCACACUACUGCGAUCUCUUGAGAAGAAUGAACAUGCCUUUUGUGAAAGGCUUUGAGGACAGACACGACUACGGCAGAUUUGAGAGGAAAGGCAGCCCUGCUUUUCUCCAGUUUCACCCGUACCCGCCUUCUGUCCUGCCUGCCUACCACUUGCACUACCCUUACCCACCUCCGUUCGGCCCACGCUAUGCGUUAUUUCCCCUGCGGGAUGAUGUGCCCUUAGAAGAUCCCUGCUCACGGUUCGUGAGUCCCGCGGGUGAUGCUGACCUGAAGCCCGGCACUGGCAGAGCCAUCCCCACGCUGGUGGGCUGCACCGACGUGAAGCCUCAGCUCAGAGUUCCCAGACCAGACACGGGGUUUCAGUCAACAGUGAAACGGCAGACAAUCCUGUCCCAAGAACUGCAGCAGGACAGGAGAUGGAACUCCAGGAAAGUCCCAGACAGUUCCAUCAGAGCAAGACUUGGAGGUUGGACGAGUCCGGUCAAAGUUACUCCGCCGAAAGCUCAACACCAGCGGAGCUUGAUAAAUCACAUGGGCGCGCUCCAUGACGAGGAGGCGGCGGCGUGCUCGGGCGACAAUGAAUCACUUGUGGGAGCAAACAGAAACCACAACGCCAAGGACUCGUUUUACAAAUCUUCUACACAAAAAGCUUAUGAAACUGUCCCUUGGGACCAGAUGCUGCGGCCAAGACUUGAGCCUGAGGAAACCACGGUGGAGAAAGCUGCCGACCUCGUCUCACAGAGCUGCACCCUGAAGCGGUACCAGAGCGUGCCAGCCAUCACCCAGAUGGUCGGUGGACUCUGGGACAGAUUUCAGACGAGAUCAUUCUUGGCACCAGGCAAGCCCAUCACUUUCGUGAGCCCAAGCUCCAGAAGCCGGUACAUCCCCCUCUACAGUGGCCACCUGCAGACCACCGACGCCGACGCAGUGGACGACCCCUGCGGAGAUACCACAGCCUUGGCCGAGCCUCGGCAAUCGAAGCCGCUGUACACGAGCCCGAGCCGGGCUGCAAAUAUUCCAGGAUAUACUGGCAAGGUUCAUUUCACGGGUACCCAGCCAGCAAAUUCGAAUAUUCCAUCAACAACCCCCUCACCAGACUCAGAGCUGCACCGCACUUUACAGAAAGAAAUGGCUGUUGACAUCUUCCGCCACCAGGGACCACUGUCCCGGAUGGUCACAACUGUGAGACCCUACAACCCCUUCAACAGGAAGGAGAAAGAAACUGUGUUCUUCUGA